UACCGUUUCCAAGAAUUCCUUGAAGAGCUCCCUGCUGCAGAUAGAAUGCCAUUUUACAUGGACUUUGCUGAAGCAGGAUGUGGAUCUUGAACACCUAGAGGAAACAAUAGGUGAUCAGAUAGAGUUUUUCGCAGAAUCAAACAUCAGAAAUUAUAAUCUACUAUCCUAUGUAUACCACCUAAAGGAUUCAAACGAUGAAGCCCUGAAAAUUCUCCAAGAAGCUGAAGAAGUAGUUAAAAAAAAUCAUCCAGAUGAAAUUGCCAGGAGAAGUCUUGUUACUUGGGGUAACUAUGCCUGGAUCUAUUACUACAUGGAGAGAUAUAAAGAAGCUCAAACUUACGUAAGCAAAGUGGAAAACGGCUGCAAAAAGCUUUCAGGUACUGCUCAAUGGAAGAAGAUUCAGCUUCCAGAGAUCUAUGCUGAGCAAGGAUGGGCAUUAUUAAAGUUUGGGAAAAAAUACUAUGAGAGAGCAAAGGAUUGCUUUGAAAAUGCUCUGAAGGAUGAACCCAACAACCCCGAAUUUAAUGCCGGCUAUGCCAUAACAAUGUAUCGUUUGGAAGAUUAUUUUUUGCAGAAAAUCGAGGGUACAAGCCUGUCCCUCGAGCCCCUGAAGCAUGCAGUGGAACUGAAUCCGAAGGACACUUUCGUUAUGACAUUACUUGCAUUAAAACUUCAGGACUUAAAGCAAGUUGAGGAAGGGGAGAGAUACAUUGAAGAAGCAAUGCAGAAAACCCAUUAUCUUCCUUAUGUCCUGCGGUAUGCUGCUAAAUUUUACAGAAGGAAAGGAGAAAUGGACAAGGCACUGGAGAUUUUGAAAAAGGCCCUAGCAGUGACACCAAGAUCUGUCUUUUUGCAUCACCAGAUAGGACUCUGCUACAGAGGAAAGCUGAUUCAAUUGAAAAGGACUACAAGAUACCCACCUAAAGAGCAAGUGGAAGAACUCAUCCGACUUGCCAUUUUUCAUUUUAAAACAGCAAUUGACCAAAAGACAAAAUUUUUUUCUGCCUAUACUGAUCUAGCAGACAUGUAUGCACAAAGAAAGAUGUAUGAAGAAGCAGAAGAGACAUUUCAGAAAGCAUCUCAGAUAAAUAUUCUAUCCGAUAAGGAUAAACAACAAUUCUGCUACGUUUAUGGCAAUUUUCAGCAUUUUCAUAUGAAAUCAGAAUCUGAAGCCAUUAGGUAUUACACAGAAGGGCUGAAAAUUGAAAAAGAGUCUUAUUUCUUCUGUAAGUGCAGAGAUGCUCUGAAGAAAUUGCUGGAAAAGAGAAUUCAGGGAGGGUUAGGAGAUGCAACAGAUUUUGGUACACUUGGACUUGUUCAUCAUCUAAAUGAUGAGAAACAUGAAGCAAUUGAGUGCUAUAAGAAAGCCAUUACGUUGCAUCCCGACAAUGAAGAAUAUCUGAAUGCAUUAUAUGAACUACAACUUUCUGUCUCAAGCUAA